GCUACUCAUAAGAACAAAUGGCGUCUAUGGCGACAAGCAAUGGCAAGUUCAAAUCAACAGUUUUGGAAAAGUAAAUGAAACAGGCUGUGAUAUUUUUUAAGUAGCUGAAUGAAAAUGACCUCUGUUUCUGAGUACCGUCCUGGACAAGAAUCAGCUGUAGAAACAAUUUCAUUGAAAGAUAGACUAGCAGCUGCAGAAAUAGGCACAAAUGAAAUUAUGCAACAACUUGAAGAAAUGGGAUUGAGUUCAAUCUCAAAAGGGUGUGUUUCAAAAGCUGUGCUUUCUAAAUUCGGCUCUACAAUAAACAAACCUUUGAGCAUAUCAAAAGACUCACAAAAAAAUAUCCCACAUCGGAACUAUUCGGAUAAUCAUUCGACCAGCAUUAAGACACAAUAUCUUGAUCAAGAACAGUCUCAGGAAACAAAAACUUUAAAUUCACAAACACAACUAUUAUUAAAUGAAAAGAGUAGUAGGACAUCAAAACAUAGGCCAAUAACUCCACUGUCCCUGAAAGAAUUUAAAAUUUCUGGUGCUACUGGAGAACUUGAAGUUGUGUCGAAAUCAUCAAAUAAUUUUAUACCUAAGUCAUUUGGAUCAUCAUUGGAAUAUGGACCUAAACCAAAAGAAAGAAGUGAUUCACAUGAAGGAAAAUCCAGUACAAAAAGAUAUGAGUUGGAGCAAGAGCUGAUUCGACUAAAGAGACAUUUAUCACAGACAGAAGACACCAUGCAGCUUGAAGCUGAAGAAAAACUGAAAAUGAAAGAAGAGAUUGAAAAUUUAAGAUCACUUUAUGAUGAUUCUAUUAAAUCCAAGGCUGAAUUAGAAUUUCAAGUUGAAGACUUGGCAACAACAAAACAGAAGCUAAUGCGCAGGAUAUCAGAGGUUAAAGAUGAGGCUCUUAGGGAGUCAAGUUUACGGAAAAGCCUAGAAGAAUCCCAUGCAACUCUUCUAACCAGAUUGCAGGAUAUGGAGAAAGUGAUAGAAUCACUAAGAUCAGAGUGUAAAGCUCAUACUGCUGGCAUCAGUGGAAGUAAAGCUGAAAUAAUUCAACUGAAAAAUGAGCUCGCUUCAGAAACAACCAGGAGACAAAAGGCUGAAGAGAACUACCAACAUGUCAUUUCAGAAAGAGACAAGCUAUUGCUUAGCUCCAACAACACACAAGCAGAAAACCAAAGAGUCUCACAGGACUUAAAUCGUUUGCAAGCCCAGUAUGCUGAGCUAAUUCGUCAGUUAGAUCAAGCUCAAAGCACUCUUGAUAAUUUAACAUCAGGCAAGAGGUCUUUAGAAGAGGAGAAAAAUGUGCUGCAGAACAUGGUACAAGGACUGACAUCAGAUUUAGAAAACUUAAAACGAACUUAUGAAAGCACAAAACAGACUGAACUAAGAUUGGAAGAUGAGAAGAGUACAUUAGAAGGAGAUCUUAGCAAGUUGAGGACAGAGAGGGAGAAGAUAAUAAAGGAGAAUUUUGAAAAGAAAAGAAAAAUUGACACGCUAGAGCAUGAAUUGAGAACCGUCAAACAUAAUUUGGCCCAUAAAAACCAGGAGUUCAUGUCUGCUGCUGAUGGGCUAGAGUAUGAGCUAGCAGGACUGAAGGAUCAACUGGAGGCUAUGGAGAGUGAAAAGCAAGAUGUGUUGAAAGAUAAAGAGAACUUGUUAGAGGAGGUCAACCAGACAGUGGACACGCUCAUGUCCGAGCGCUCACGUCUUCAGACGGAGCUCCAGGCUUGCCGCGUGGACAUGGAAUCACUGAAAACAACCUGCGCGCACUUGGAACAAGAUAAAGCUGUUCUGCUGGAGAAAGUAGGAAGUUUACAGCAACACCAGAUAACCCAGCGCAAAGUGGAGGAGACACUGAAUGAGAUGGUGGAGCAGAAGAAGAGGCUGGCCUAUGAAAAUGGCCGACUGCAGUCAGCUAUCAAACAGCUGCAGCAGGAGCUGGUCGACACUGCCAAGGACCAGGGCGACCUGGCCCAGCUGAGGAAGUUAAGCCACAGUCUCCAGGAGAAGUACACAAAGAGCCAGCAAGAAAUUUCUGAAUAUAAAAUAGCACUUCAGAGAUAUGAAGGGCAGACAAGAGCAGCUAUAGAAGAAAUAGAGAGGAAAGAUCAGGAAUUACAAAUGGCAUUGAGUAAGUUGGAUGAAGCUGAAAAAGACAAAGGGAAACUACUAAAACAGUUUGAAGUUCUAGAAGGGAGACAACAAACUAAGGUGUCCAGCUACCAGAGGAGCAUGGAGGAGGCGAAGAGUGUCAACAAGGAGAUUGCCAACACCCUCGAGACCGUCAUGACGUCACACUCACAGUUACAAAACAUUGUUGAAAACCUACAGGUGGAGCUAGGAAAACGAGACAGCCAAAUAAAUCAGCUAAAAACUCUCAGAAAUAAAGAAAACGAGGAGUGGAAACAAGAAAAGAAGAAGAUAGAAGAGCAGGCGGAGUCUUUGAGAUUAGAGUUAAGAAAGGAGAAAGAUAAAAACGGCAAGAAAAUCACAAAGGAACUUGGCGAGAUUCGUAAGCAGAAUGAGAACCUGUCAAACAGAAAUCAGGAGCUAGUGAAAGCUAAUACUGAGAUCCGUCAAAAGUUGUCAGAGUUGGAGAGGGAACAGGAAGACUUGAAGACAAAGCUCUCUGGCCAGCGGCAUAAGAUGGAGUAUCUUCACAAAGCCAAGAAACAGUUGGAGGAUAAUUUAAAUAAGAUGAAGACAGUUCGUGAGGACAUAGAUGAGUUGGAACAAAUGAGAAAAGAAUACAUGAAAAAAAAUGUAGAGCAGGGUGAGGCAAUAGCUAAGUUUAUCAACCAGAUAUCAUCACUACAAGAUGAAAUGCGGCAGCUAGCUAGCGCCCACGUGAAAGCUCAGCAGUUGUUGAAGAUGAAAGAGGAAGCCUUGGAGAAAGAGAGGAAAAUUAGAGAGGAGAUGAGGAAAAAAUACACGGAGAGCAAGAAAAAAGAGGAGCAACUUUUCAAGAAGUCACAGUCUACUGAUGAGAAGUUAGAGGCAGUGCAUUCUGAAUCACUUGAGAUAUCAAAACAUUUAGAAGAAGCCCAUGAAUGGUUUCGAGGGAAAUUCGAUAAGCUUCAGACAGAAAUUACAGCCUCCAAGCAAGUGCAAGCCAAGCUUGAGAAAGACAAUACAGAACAGAGAAAUUCUUUAGAAGCUGAGAGAUCCAAGGCACAAGAGGCAGCAGAGAAGGCUAAAGAAAUGAUCCAGAAUAGCAGGCAGACAAUUAGUCGUCUGGCAGACUUUGCUGAAAUGGCAGACGCAGACACAAAGAAACAGCUGGCAGAGUUAAGGGCUGGGCUUUACACUAAAACCUCUGGAACAAAAUCUGCUGUGUGAAGAAAAAAAAAUUAACUUUUCUACCUCUUGGUUUAUGUUAGACGUAAGCACUGAUA